AAAAAUCGUAAAAAACAAUUUGAAAAACAUUUAAAAUUAGUAAAUGAGGUUUCUAAUUCUAUUUUGAAAAAAAGAGCUAGAAAUAUUGGCAAAGCUUUGUCUAAUAAUUUUACAGACAUAUCUCAACAAUAUUAUAAUCAUAUGGAUAAGCCUAUUUUAGAAGAAUUUAAAUUUUCUAUAAAUCAUCAUAAAGAAUACAAAGAUGAAAAUUUAAUAGCCAAAAAACAAAAAAGUGAAGCAAUUGUAAAAGUAAUCGAUCAGAAGCAAAUUGUAUGA